UAAAAACAACAUGGCUGUUAAUAUUAAAACGUCAUAGCAAGCUGUCAAAAGUGUUGAUUGUUUUUAAUUAUAUUUCUGCUGUUAUAUUAAUUACUGAAAAAGAAGUAUUAAUUAUAUAUUGGUAAAAGUAAAUAUUUAUUAAUUUAUUAUGGGUUGUGAUGGUGGUACUAUACCGCGUAGAGAUGAAUUAGUUCGAGUGAAAAAGAAGCCAGAACAGAAAGAUAAGGAGGCGGAAUUAGCAUUUAGAUGGAAACAUUGUUCAAUUAGGCAAUCACCAUUGCAAACACCAAUUGUUUCAUGUGGAUUAGGACGUCUUUAUUCAAAAGAAUCAGUUUUGGAAGGACUUCUCGAUCGUUCUCUACUUCCCGAGACAGCAUCUCAUAUAAAAAAUUUAAAAGAUGUUAAAACAUUAAAUCUUACAUCGAAUACAGCAUCGUCAAGUAAAAAGGUAGAUCAAGGCGAUGGUUGCGUUGAUGGUGUACACAAUCCUUAUAUUUGUCCAAUUAUUGGCUUGGAAAUGAGUGGAAAAUUUAAAUUUUGCUUUCUUUGGUCCUGCGGUUGUGUAAUGAGCGAAAGAGCUCUUAAAGAAAUUAAAACAAACAUUUGUCACAAGUGUCAACAACCAUUUACGGAAAAUGAUGUUGUCAUCAUGAAUGCCGAGGAUGAUGAUCUUAGAAAAAUGGAAGAAAAAUUAUUGCUUCGUAAAGCUGAACGGAAAGCGUCAAAGAAAAAAAUUAAAAAAGAACAGGAACAAGAAGAAGAAGAAGAAGUAAAAUCAGAUGAAUCUGAAGCACCAAAGAAGAAAAUUAAAAAAGAAGAACAACCAACUUGUUCGAAAAUUCCAAAUCAAGUGCAAGAUUCGGCAUAUAAUAAAACAAAAGAAGAUUAUAGUGUUGCAAAAGAUCCUAAAGCAUCCGAAGUGUUUAAAAGUAUUUUUACAUCACAUAAAUCGGCGUCUGAUCAAACACGAGCACAUUGGGUUACAUACAAUCCAUUUUACAAUUAAAUUUAAUUUUGAAUAAAUUAAUAAUAUUUUUCUUAAA